AUGACGCGAACGGAUGAAAAGUCACAACACCACUGUAUAUCAAACCGAUGCGUAUCUACCCCCCUUGAAAAAAUUCUAAUACGAAAAAAUAUUAAUGUCAACGUGCGAAUGGAAGGGCAAUACGCAAAGCGUGGGUGUGAAAGAGACAAAGAGCUAUUGUUCUACACCUGCCAGUCGUCACCUGGUGCGGGGUCUCGUCCAUAUUUGAUUAGGUUUUUUCGGGGUUGUAGUCCUAACUAUGAAUGCGACUGGCGAAUUGAAUUGUUUGGUAUUUUUGAAUUCUGUUACAAUACUGACCGUGUCCACAACUCGAAUGUCGUAUGUUAUGGAAUUAAAUAA